AAAUUUUGCAUCUAUGUGAUGAGCAGUGUAGCCAACAUGUAAUGUUAUCAAAAUUGUUUUCAUUGAACAGUUUUAUUCUGCAACUUAAAAUUGUGAUAUAAAGUACAAGAUGAACCAAGUUCCAGACAGGUGGCUGGCGUACUCUCCUGUUGGGCAGCAGAUAUCUGGUACAAGAUUCAUAGCCUUCAAAGUUCCGCUGAAAGAGGCGAUAUGCAAGAGGCUGAAGUCUGACGAAUGGUUCACGCCAGCCAUGCUGCGAGAAAGCUGUCCAAGAUUGGCGUUAGUCGUCGACCUCACCAACACGAAACGGUACUACAACAGACAGGAAUUCGAUGACCACGGCAUCCGUUACCGGAAGAUCAUGUGUCCCGGUAAAAUCGUGCCUCCUGCUGACUUGGUUGAUAGGUUCUUUGAAAUAGUGGACACAUUUCUGGAACAAAAUGAUGAAGCAGACUCUCUGAUCGGCGUUCAUUGCACUCACGGACUCAACAGAACUGCAUAUUUCGUCUGCAGUUAUAUGAUACGUCGCAUGGGGUUCAAACCAGAAGCAGCAAUAUCAGCGUUCGAGGACGCACGCGGCCACGCCAUCGAGCGGCUGGAGUACCUGGAGGCGCUGUCGGUGGGCGCCGGGCUGCCGCCCGCCGCGGCCAGGUCGGCGCUGCCGCUGCCGCCCCCG